GACCGGCAUUGGGAUAUAUAUGUAUUGGUGUGUAUUUAAAUAUUAUAUACAUGUAGUAAAUAUUCAAAGAAUAUGUAGCAAAGGAGGUAAAAGUGCGUAAAGGAUCAAACCAUUGAAAAAUUUAAAGAUAGACGAAGUAAUUUCCGUUAAAGCUCGUAAAAAUAAAUCUGAAUAUAUGUACCUGUCAUAUUACAACUAUGAUGAGCCACUUGAUUAUGCCGAAGAGGAGUAUGAUACCAUAUUGGAGGAAAAUCAGUCAAUUAAUUCGUGGGCAAACAUUUGUGAAAGCUGCAUUAUACCAUCCACUAUGCAAAUUAUAUGGUACAUGGCAGUUUUAAUUGGUUUUAGUCUCUUAUGCCGCAUGGCAUUUGUAUUUUGCUAUUACCUCCCAAACAAAAAGGAGUGGCUUUUACAUCUAAUUUCUAUAUCAGCGGGAUGCGGUAUGUUAAUUGUAGCUGUGGGCACUAAUUCAUUUUUUAUUAUAUUUUUUGCGAUUAUUUCGUAUUCGAUUAUUCAUUUAGUAAAUUUGUUUUCACCUUUUAGAAAAAAUAUUGGUGUCAUUAUGGUAAUAUGUACAAUUUUGACACAGCUUUGCUCUGAGCAAAUAUGGAAACAUCAAAUAGCUUGGCAAAUGAUUAAGGGAUCCAUCAUGGUUGUGAAUAUGAAGAUUAUAUCUAUAGCUUUCGAAAUGGAGCAAACAGUAUUGAAAAAUCAGCGCGUUAUAAUUGUUCCUAAUGUAUUUUCCUUUUUUGGUUAUAUUUUUACGCCUGCAAAUUUAAUCGUUGGCCCAUGGGUUCCAUACAGUUCUUAUUUGUAUAGCAUUCGCUUGAAUCCAAUACAUCAAUUUCGUAUGCGAAGAGUGAUGUGGUGCGGUUUUUGCUGUUUGCUUUCGCUUGGUUUUAUCAAUUUGUCGAAUUGCAUUGUACCAUAUUUGAUUUCAGAUCCUCCGCUAAUUUGGGUACGAAUAUUUCGUGAUGCAUUUGCGGUUCGCUGUAGCCAUUACUUCGUCAGUUUUUUGUCGCAAGCUUCCAUUACCGCUGGUGGUCUGUGUCUUGAUAAGGACGAUAAACCGAAUAAGUGGUUGGGUUACAUGGUCACACAGCCUAUACAUAUCGAAUUCCCUAGGUCACUGAGUUCAGUGGUACGAGCAUGGAAUAUACCCAUGCAUAAAUUUCUAAAAGAAUUUAUAUUUCGGGGAAUUUAUAAACGGUUUAAAAGUCAUUUUGUUGCAAUUUUUGUAACAUAUUUAGUUUCAUCACUUUUGCAUGGCCAGUAUUUGAAAAUAUACUUAGCGUUAUUUUCACUGGCAAUAUUUGGUUUUGUAGAAAGCAAACUACGAAAAAAGAUUUCUAUCGCUUUUAAUGCGUGUGUUACUACAGAAGCUUGCCAAAAGCCAUGUCGUUUUAAAUACUGCCCCAGUAAAGGUUGGCGAAGCGAUGGCGCACUAUUAGUAAAACUGACGAAUAUUUUAUUUUCAUUGGUGACAAUUUUCCAUUUAGCAUACAUAGGUGCAAUGAUGGAAUCUAUAGCUGACGAAGAUAAUGAUUUUGCCGACAAUUUAAAUGUAUGGUCGACAGUAAAUUUUAUUAAUCAUUGGUUAGUGUUGCUUACAUAUGCUCUUUGUUUAGUUAUAUAACCAAUAGUGUAAUUUGGCAUUAAAUGUAAGACGCUAAGUUAAUUUAUUUAUAGUUUUGGAAAUAAAUAAAACACUUCGUGUAAUUAUAUGAAUUAAAA